AGGACGAUAACGCAACCUUCGGACCACUCACUCAAUGCACUCAUCCGCAGUCGCUCUCGACAUGGUGUAAUUUUGUUUUUCCACGGACGAUUUUCACUCUUGGAGUUAACACAGCUUGAUUGGACUAAAUUCUGUUGGGUGCAGGUGGAUGGAAGUGUAUAUUGGGGCGUAGGCCUAGUGCUAGCUAUUUCGUAGGCUGGGUGUUGGCCUCAUUCUGCAAAAUCUGGAGGCCAGAGAAAAUGUUUUCUCCCAAGAUGACGUCUCUCUCGUGGCGGAGGAAGAAGCCUAGGAGGGCAGGACCAGGCCUGCUUUCCCUCCUCACUCUCAUUCCGAUCUCUUCAGUGUUCUUUUUACUAAGCCUAUCGUCUGUCAGUGUGGCUGCGACAGAGCACCACCAUUCGGGGCUCCGUAAAAUAGGCCCCAGCCAACAUUCGGAGAUUUGGAGGACGCUGGCCCUAGAGAAGAGCGGAGGAGGGUCGCACCCCCACCACCAGAAAGGAAAGCACCUGGGCCUCGACUUGUACCCCCAGAGCGCGAAUUUAGACCCCCUCACGCUCUGGGCAGAGAGAUUGAAGGCCACCUCCGAAUCUGGUGGCAUGUCAAGGUCGAAAGGUCCAACCAAGCCUCGGUUCCACAGUUACGGCAGAGUACACCACAAUGGAAGGAACGGUGGCCUGGUCGCGAGACCUACCCGACAGACCCUGAGUGCUGCGCGUGCCCUCGAUCAGGCGUCUCACCUGUUGCUGCCGGAAAAUUUAGGUGUGUCAGUGAUGUCGCACAGUGCAGCGCUGUCUUCUGAUGGGAGAGACAACAUCACCGAUAUCAUAAACUCUGUGGUUAUCAAAGGUGAAUUUGGGACGGUCAUCACAGGGAGGAUCAACAAGACUACGGAGUAUUUGUUUGAAUUCUUCUAUAACACUUCUCAGUUGGAGAAAAAUGCUGUACGUGUAACUGUAAGCAGUGCUGAUUGUGACUAUACAAAUCCAUUGUUGGUGGUGGUUCGACAGCAGCGAGGUGUCCUCUCCUGGCAGCUUCCUUUGGAACCCCCAUCCAGCGAUGUUAUUCUUGAAGAGUAUCGGACAGUUUCAAGAACACUGUGUCCUGUUAAAAACUACAAAGUCAUGUUACAAGGCUCUUUGGACACCAAGCAGAGACUGUUUAUUGAUUUGUCGACCUCUUCACCAAAAAAUAUAACAUAUAGUGUUACAGCUGAAUUUGAAGAUAAUUUUCACAUUGAACUCCACAAUCUGCAGACUUUUGAAAUUACUCCAUCACAGCCUGUAUUUUACGAAUUUGUGUUUCCUGAUGAUGUGGAAAUGGUUUUGGUCAAAGCUAAUGCUCAGGAUGAUUUCUGUGCUAUGGUAGCCAUUCAGAACAUAACAAUAAGUAACCCUGAUGAUGGGAUUUGGGAUAAAUUCCCACAGCUCAUCAGUGCCUUUGUUUGUGAAUAA